ACCUGUAUGGCCGAGCAGCCCUCCUCAGAGGUGGCCCUGCCAGCCCAGGUGAUGGCUGCAGACAGCACCGAAGCCCCUCCACUCCGGGCCACCCGCCGUGGCUCCCAGCCCCUAGCCCUGGCACGGGGCACCGAGGAAGGCAAACUGACCCUCCUGCCCUCCCGCCGCAGCUCCAUCCUCAGCACCCACCUGGCACCCCUGCCCAGCCGCCGCAGCUCACUGGGGGCAGCCCCAGGGGGCAGGCACCCCCCCCAUGGCCCCUGGAUGCUCCACAGCCGCGUGAGCUUCUCCGGGCUCCCCCUCUUCCAGCCCAUCCUCAAGACCCGCCUUGAAAACACUUACAGGAUGGGGCCAGACGAAGGCUGCAAGUUUGACGCAGGACGUGUGCAACGGGUGCUGGAGGGGGCCCUGGCCAGCACCCUGGGGACCACAGUCUACAGCCCCCAGGGCAGUGCCCUGCUAGCCCAGAGCCUGGCCGAGCUGCUGCGGAGCCAGGCAAAGGAGGUGGUGCCACCCCGCUACAAGCUGGUCUGCCACGUGCUGCUGGGGCAGCAGGGCCAGCAGAGCCUGCUAGUGGCCAGCCGGGCACUGUGGGACCCUGAGAGCGACAGCUUUGCCUCUGCCACCUUCUCCAACGCCUCCCUCUUUGCUGUAGCCACAGUGCACGGGGUCUACUUUGAGUAG